AUGUUUAUCUUGUUGUUUGUAUUGUCUGACAGCCUAAAGUGGUGUAAAAUAGAAAACAUGAUUGUUUGUGUUUAUACCAAUGUCGAAUGUCCGACUUCAUAUCAAUGGAGUGUUGAAGGGUUGUUAAUAUCGAUAAGUGAAUAUGAUAUUUAUACAACAUUAAAAUGUGGUAUAAACACAGAACUAAAUGUCACCCUUCCAAAUGGAACCAAACUAAAAAUGAAGUUUACAAAUAAGCAAAAAGAGUUUAGGCUUGAAGAUUAUUCUGUCAACAAGAAGACUGAAAUUAAAAAAGAAACGUGUAAUGUUCCAAAUUGUUUUUUUUGUUCACAAGAUAAUUUCGAUUUUUGUUAUGUUUGUAAUGAUAAUUAUUAUUUGGCCAAUUCGAAUCAAUGUUAUCGAUGUGCCAACAGUAUAUGUAAACAAUGCAAUUUAGAUCCAUCAAAGUGUUCUGAUUGUUAUGAUGGAUUAUAUUUGAACAGUGAUUCUGAGUGCUGUUCAUGUAGCAGUAAUUGCAAAACAUGCAGUUCAAGUGAAAUAUGUACAGAUUGUAAUACAGGAAAAUAUUUGUAUAAUGGAAAGUGUUUGGAUUGUCAAUUUUGCUAUAGUUGUCAUACUCAAACUGGAUGUUCACAAUGUUGGACUGGGUAUUAUCAAGAAAACAAUGGGUGUACACCAUGUGAUCCAAAUUGUAAUACAUGUGGACAAACUGGUUGUACUUUAUGUCGAAAUACGUAUUAUGUAGAAGGAAAGAAAUGUGGGAAAUGCACAUCAAAUUGUAACGCAUGUAAUGGACCGAAUAACAACCAAUGUACAAAUUGUGUAGCAAAUUAUUAUAUUCAAGUUGGAACGUGUAUUGAAUGUGAUCAAAAUUGUCGCACUGGAUAUUGUGGCCACGAUAAUGGAUGUACCCAAUGCCAAAAUCAUUAUUUUGUGAGUGAAAAAAGUUGUGCUGCAUGCCAUUCCAAUUGUUUGACAUGUUCUUCGAAUGCCGAAAGCACCUGUUUGUCGUGUGAAGGGGGAAGAUAUUUCGAUGGUGGAUUAUGUACAGUUUGUGAUACAUUGUGUACAAACAAUUGUGAUACAGUUCUUGGUUGUACAUUGUGCCCCGAUGGACAUUUUAUCAAAAACAAAAGAUGUACGCCAUGUGAUUCAAAUUGCAAGACAUGUUCUUUGCAGAGUACUAACUGUCUAUCUUGCAAACAAGGAUCAUAUAUUCAAAAUAAUAAAUGUUUACUGUGCAGUUCUUAUUGUACAACAAACAAGUGUGAUACCAUCCAGGGUUGUACUGAAUGCAUGAAUGGUUAUUAUAAAAAUAAUAUGACUUGUUUUAAAUGUCAUGAAGAAUGUCUGACGUGUUCAAACAACCAAGUAAAUGGGUGUUUAACAUGCGAGAAUGGAAGGUAUCUCAACAACAAUCAAUGUGUUGAAUGUGAUAAUAAUUGUGAAAUAAACAUGUGUGAUGUUGUUAGUGGAUGCCAAAAAUGCAAAAUUGGAUAUUUUCCAGAAGAAAAACGAUGCUCUCCAUGCAGUAAAAUGUUAAAUUGUGUAACAUGCAGUCAAACAGAAAAGUAUCAGUGUAUUUCUUGUGUAGACAGAUUUGUAGUCAAUGAUUAUCAAUGUGAAGUCACUAACCACCUAUACCAAAAC